UCUUGAAGGUGAUCCCGCGCAACACACGCCUCUCUUUCUCUCUCCUUUUUUGCCACUUGGCCUUUCGCAUUUGGCUUCCUUUCAAAUUCCCUCUAAAAAGUUUGUUUUCUUUCUUCAACAAAAUAAAAACCGAAAAUAUCUUCCAAUUUAUUUUAGUUUUUCUCCCAAAUUUUCUCUUUCUCUCAUUUCUUCCAGAGAUUUCUCAUCUUUUUGUUUUCCCUUUUUAUCUCUUCAUACCCACCUGAGAUUUCGUUCCUUUUCACCUGAAAAUUUCUGGAAAGAGAAUUUUUUUUAUUUUAUAAAAUAUUAUUGAUUUUUGUUGAUUUGUUCCUCAAUUAUUGCUCUGCUUUUGCUGAUCGUACUUGGAAUGCAUUGAACUUGUAAGGUGUAUUGUAUUGGCAUGGACAGCGAGGAGAAAUAGGAUUUGCAAAGCUUCAGAAAGCUGUAUUUGGAAAGCUACCAAGAAUUCCUCGUACAUAACAUAUACGGUUAUAUACUCCAUAUAUAGUGGGUGUAGAUAGAAGUAGUUAAACAAUGUGGUCGCAGUUAAGCUCUUUGUUUUCUAGCAAUAUGGACUCGCUCGGCACUUCAGAUCAUGCUUCUGUGGUCUCAAUGAAUCUGUUUGUGGCACUCAUAUGUGGUUGUAUAGUAAUUGGUCAUCUUCUAGAGGAGAAUCGCUGGAUGAACGAGUCCAUCACCGCUCUGCUUAUUGGUUUGGCUACCGGGGUUAUAAUUCUUCUGAUUAGUGGAGGAAAGAGUUCGCAUCUGUUGGUUUUCAGUGAAGAUCUUUUCUUCAUAUACCUUCUACCGCCGAUUAUAUUUAAUGCAGGCUUUCAGGUGAAAAAGAAGCAGUUCUUCCGCAAUUUCAUUACUAUCAUAUUGUUUGGAGCUAUUGGUACAUUGGUAUCGUUUACCAUUAUAUCUCUGGGAGCGAUGUCAAUUUUUAAGAAGUUGGAUAUCGGUUCUCUGGAAUUGGCAGACUAUCUUGCAAUUGGUGCAAUAUUUGCUGCUACAGAUUCUGUUUGCACAUUGCAGGUACUUAAUCAGGACGAGACCCCUUUGCUCUACAGUCUGGUGUUUGGUGAGGGUGUUGUUAAUGAUGCCACAUCAGUGGUGCUUUUUAACGCUAUCCAGAGCUUCGACCUUACAAGAUUUGAUCACACGAUUGCUUUAAAGUUCAUGGGCAACUUCUUAUAUUUAUUUAUCACAAGCACUUUGCUUGGAGCAUUUACUGGCUUGCUCAGUGCUUACAUCAUCAAAAAGUUGUACUUCGGAAGGCAUUCCACUGACCGCGAGGUUGCUUUAAUGAUGCUUAUGGCUUAUUUGUCAUACAUGCUUGCUGAACUCUUCUAUUUGAGCGGAAUUCUUACAGUAUUCUUCUGUGGGAUUGUCAUGUCCCAUUAUACAUGGCACAAUGUGACAGAGAGCUCAAGAGUAACAACCAAGCAUGCUUUUGCAACACUGUCUUUUGUCGCUGAGGUUUUCCUUUUUCUAUAUGUUGGUAUGGAUGCAUUGGACAUUGAGAAAUGGAGAUUUGUGAGCGAUAGUCCUGGAACUUCUGUUGCUGUGAGUUCCAUAUUGCUAGGUCUAGUCAUGGUUGGAAGAGCAGCUUUUGUUUUCCCCUUGUCCUGGUUAAUGAACUUUUCCAAGAAAUCGCACAGUGAUAAGGUCACCCUCAACCAGCAGGUGGUCAUAUGGUGGGCUGGUCUUAUGAGAGGUGCCGUCUCUAUCGCACUUGCUUAUAAUCAGUUUACAAGGGCAGGGCACACGCAGCUCAGGGGGAAUGCAAUCAUGAUCACAAGCACUAUAUCUGUUGUCCUAUUCAGCACAAUGGUGUUUGGGUUGCUGACAAAGCCUCUAAUAUUGUAUCUGCUACCUCAACCAAAACACUUCACGAGUUGCAGCACUGUAUCAGAUUUAGGAAGUCCAAAAUCACUGUCGUUGCCACUCCUGGAGAGCCAACCAGAUUUUGAAGCUGAUAAUGGCAAUCACGAUGAAAGCACUGUUCGGUCUCUAGGUCGUCCAGGUAGCCUGCGCAUGCUUCUAAAUUCACCUACUCACACCGUCCAUCACUAUUGGCGCAAAUUCGAUGAUGGUUUCAUGCGGCCCGUUUUUGGUGGCCGAGGUUUUGUACAGUAUGUUCCUGGUUCACCUACUGAAGUCAGCACCCACAACAUGCCAGACAGAGCAACAUAAGAAGAGACUUAGUUAAAAAUGCUGCAAAAACUAUAUAACCUACUGGCAGUUUGGAAGGUGGAGAAUGCCCGUAACCAAAGAACAGUCCUAGUCCUGGUGGGCGUUCCUGUUAUUAAAGAGUUGUACAAAACUUGUGUUAAUAGAGAGAAAGUAGGUUACAAUCACCUUCUGCAGAUUAAAUUAGUAACGUAUUCAAUAUUCCAUGUAUUCUUUAAUCUGGCUGUAGCUAGAAUACUCCCAAACAUGUUUUGUAGUCCUAUCAUCUUUUAGGAUUUACCUUUUCCUCCCAAACCUCUUCUCUUACAACCACAAGUUUGCCUUUUCUCUUACUGUAGAAUAAACUGAGAUAGGAUUGAUGCAGUAAAAUUCUAUGGUUUGUGUUUUUA